AUGGAUACGAGUUGGAUUGAUUUACGAAAUGAUGAUCCGACUUUUUUUAAAGGUUGCAUGAAUUUCUUUGAGCUAGCUAAAGAGACUCUUAUAGAAGGAAAAACUCGAUAUCCAUGUAGUAAGUGCAAGUUGCGUAAAUGGUAUAGUGCGGAUGAUGUAGGGGGACAUAUUUUGUUUAACAGUUUUCAUAAGGAGUAUAGGAAUUGGAUCUUUCACCGUAAAAACGAUGAAACAAGUAAUACCCAAGGACCUCUUAGUAGCCAAGAAACUAUAGUAGGUCGAGACGAUAGUAAGGGCUUGCUAACUGAUGCAUUUAGUGUUAGCACACCAUCCACUUAUCAACCUCAAGAUCAAUCUUUUGAAGAACCACAUUUUGAGGAGGAAGUAUUAGGCGACAUGCAUGAGGAGGAUGAUUUCCCUUCUGAGGUAGAUACUGAACUUCCAUCCUUCAAUACCAAAGAAGAAGAAAUCAAAUAUAAAAGACUAAUUGAAGCUUCUGAUGAGGUGCUUUAUGAAGGGUGUACUACAUUUUCAAAGCUAUCAUUUCUUUUGCAUCUAUUUCAUCUUAAGUGUAUGUUCCAUUGGUCUGCCGAGUCAUUCAAAAAAUUGCUUGAACUUCUGAUAGAUGCAUUUCCUCAAAUAAUGGAAUCCUAUUAUGGGGGCAAAAAGGUAAUUAAGGAUUUGGGUCUAGGUUAUGAGAAAAUUAAUGCUUGUCCUAAUAAUUGCAUGUUGUAUUGGGGUGACUCACCAGAAAAAGAUAAGUGCCAAAUCUGUCAUACGUCCAGGUUAAAGAGAAUUUACAUGUCAUCAAAAACAAUAAAAGACAUGAGAUGGCACAAAGAUGAUCGUGACAAUGAUGGUAUGUUAAGGCACCCAACAGAUGCUUUGGCUUUGAAAAAAGUUGGUGAAAAAUAUCAUGAAUUCGCCGGAGAUCCUCGUAGUGUUAGAUUGGGUUUAGCAAGUGAUGUUUUUAACCCUUAUCGUCUAAUCAAUACCAAUCAUAGGAAAUGGCCGGUGGUCUUGAUUCCUUAUAAUCUACCGCCAUGGCUUUGUGUUGAUGCUUUUGAUGCUUAUAAUGGGAAAACUUUUAAGCUUCGAGCAGCCCUGCACUCUAGUAUUAGUGACUUUCCGGCAUAUGCCAUAUUUUUAGGUAAGAUUUGUUACCUCGGGUUUCGGAAAUGGUUACACGUUGAUCAUCCUUAUCGCAAUGAAGCUGCUUUAUUUGAUGGUAAACCGGAAUAUGGUAUUGCUCUAGUUCGUGAAAGUGGAUUAGAGGUCUUGAAGGAACAAGAAGGGAUCAUACAUUUUUACAGAAAGACUAACAUAUCUUCUAAGAAGAGUGGGAAAAAAAAAGAGGGAGAGGACAAGUUGAAUGUGUGUGACAAUCUAUUGCGAACUCUUUUAGACAUGGAUAAGAGGAGAGAUGAUGAAAAUGCUAGAAAAGCUCUUAAAGAGUUGGGGAUAAGGCCACAUAUUUGGCUACAACCUCAUGCAAAUAGAGUAUCGUACAUGCCUCCAGCUUCAUAUACCAUGUCUUUAACAGAGAAAGAUCGAUUUUUAAGAGUUCUGAAAAAGCUGAAAGUUCCUGACGGAUAUGGAUCAAACGUUCACAAUAUAGAUGAUAGUAGUAUACAAGGAAAGGUGAAAAGAGCUUUAGCACGUGGUCCAUCCAACCGUGUGAAAAGGGGGAAAGGUUUUCUAAUUAGUGGCUGUAAAUUUGAUGUCAUGGAUCGUGAACGACGUCGAAAGACACAAUAUUCAGGAAUUGUGGUUGAAGCUGAAGGGCAAGAGUACUUUGAGAAGCUGAAAGAAAUUUAUGAAUUGAAUUACUAUGGUUCCUACAAGGUUGUAAUGUUUCGUUGUGAUUGGGUAGACAUCCACAAGGGUUUAAAGACAAAUUUAAAUGGAAGUGUGUGUGUGAACUUCUCUAAGUUGAUGCAUACUAGUCGAUAUUUGUAUGACGAUCCAUUUGUUUUCUCAACUUAUGCAAAACAAGUAUUUUAUGUUGAGAAUAAGAUGCAAAAAGGAUGGUUUUAUGUUAUUAGAACCAAGCCUAGGGACUUGUUUGAAGUAGGCGGUGAUGGGCUUAAUUAG